AUGGUACUAAUACCCAUUAAGAAUGCCUUUGUCGAAAGAAGAACGUGGGAGACCCGGAAGACGACGGCGAAGGAAACGUGCGACCCGGAAUGGGAGGAAUGGCUGGAGUUCCCCGCGGGAGAGAAGCCGGCGUCCACCCUCAGCGUCUGCGUCAAGGACCAAGGGGAGGGCGACAGCGAUCGGUGGGGGAAAAGCGUCGAGUUUGAAUUCAAAUCAUAAAAUAAGGGAAUUUUAAAGAACGUUCAGAUGUCGUUUCCCAGACGAUGAAGUCGCCUUGCCUUAAGGGGAAACUUUUCCUCCUCGCAGAAAAUAACUGGGUGGCGCAAUGAAGCGCGUCCUGUUUGAAGCUUCAUAAAACUUACUUAGGGAGUUGCUAGACUUACGAACCUUUUGUAUCGCAUGGGAAGCCCUCUAAAAUCUGACAAUUUUCGGAUUGAGUCAAGAGCAGCAGUCGUUGAAACUCGGAUAAGAAAAUUCCACUUUUUCCGGAGUUUCGGCAUUACGCCUUCAUUUUUCGUCGAAACGUCUGCUUUUUCACGGCAGCAUUCUUCUUCCAAUGCCCUUGACUGCGCCGUGCCAUCUUGUCGUGCCCUUUAAGAGA